AUGUCCUCCUCAAUAGAAUUGAUCAAUCCAAAGGCAGAGAGCGUCAGACGCGCUGCCGCCUUGCAGGUCAACACCACCGGCGCGAUGGGUCUUGCUAACGUAGUGAAGGGUAAUCUCGGUCCAAGAGGUACUCUAAAAAUGCUUGUGGACGGCUCUGGUCAGAUCAAAAUGACCAAGGAUGGUAAAGUGUUGCUAUCCGAGAUGCAAAUACAAAACCCAACAGCCGCUAUGAUCGCCCGAACUGCGGUCGCUCAAGAUGAUCAAGUUGGUGACGGAACUACUUCAGUAGUUUUACUGGUUGGAGAGCUACUUAAGCAAGCCGAUCGUUACAUAUCUGAAGGCGUACACCCAACCGUCAUAGGAGAAGGAUUCGAUCUCGCGAAGAAAGAGGCUUUAGUGUUCCUUGACACGUUCAAACUGCCAUCCAAAUUGGAUAGGCCAACUCUGAUCAACGUCGCACACACUUCGCUUGCCACUAAGCUGCACGCCUCGUUAGCGAAGCAACUCGCUGCAGAUGUGGUAGAUGCUGUGCUCACCAUCAGGCCACCAGCACCCCUCAAAGGCACGCCUUUCAUGGUCCUCUUGCUAAAAGUUCCUACAGAAGCAAAGGAUCAGUAUCGCGACCCAAUAGAUCUGCACAUGGUGGAAAUUAUGAAGAUGCAACACCGCACAGCGUCCGAAACUCAGCUCGUGCGUGGCCUGGUCAUGGAUCACGGUGCCAGACACCCGGACAUGCCCAAACGCGUCGAGAAUGCAUUCAUUCUGACGUUGAAUGUCAGCUUAGAGUACGAAAAGACAGAGGUUAAUUCUGGCUUCUUCUAUUCGUCUGCCGAGCAACGUGAAAAGCUCAUCGAAUCUGAGCGGCGUUUUGUAGACGCCAAAGUGAAGAAGAUCGUAGAACUCAAGAAUCUCGUAUGCGAUCAAGCUGUUGGCGGCAGUGAAAAGCCGAAAAACUUUGUCGUUAUCAAUCAAAAAGGCAUCGAUCCACUUAGUCUUGAUAUCCUUGCAAAGAAUGGCAUUUUCGCCUUACGUCGUGCUAAGCGACGCAAUAUGGAACGCCUGCAGCUCAUUUGCGGAGGUGUUGCGCAAAAUUCCGUAGACGAUCUAACCCCAGAUAUCCUCGGUUGGGCGGGUCUAGUUUAUGAGCACACUCUAGGCGAAGAGAAGUACACCUUCGUGGAAGAUGUCAAGCAACCCAAGAGCGUCACGCUCCUUAUCAAGGGUCCAAAUGCCCACACGAUCCAACAAAUCCAGGAUGCUUUACGGGACGGUCUUCGCGCCGUCAAAAAUGCACUUGAGGACGAGGUUCUCAUUCCCGGUGCGGGAGCCUUUGAGGUUGCAUGCGCAGGUCAUUUGAGUGGUCCUGUAAAGAAAGCUGCCAAGGGCCGCGUUAAAAUGGGCGUGCAAGCGUAUGCAGAUGCACUAUUGAUCAUUCCAAAGACUCUUGCGCAGAACGGAGGCUUUGACGUCCAAGAUGUAGUGGUGGCACUGCAGGACGAACAAGCGGAGGGAAACACGGUUGGUAUCGAUUUGCAAUCAGGGGAGCCGUUUGAUCCGACUGUGGAAGGCAUCUGGGACAACUACAGGGUAAAGAGGCAGAUGUUACACUCAUGUUCUGUGAUCGCAGUGAACCUCCUUUCUACGGACGAAAUCUUGCGGGCUGGUCGGAGUUCAUUGAAGCCAGAUGGGCAGUCGUGA